UUGUUUCAUUAAACUCUUGCAAAAUAUAUAAAGCGGCACUUAAAUAUAAAUCUUAGGCAUAAAUAUCAAGUUGUCGUGCAGUAUUCUACACACAUGCGACAACGCAAACGUUGUGUGGAGAAGGAAGCUCAUUGGAAAAGUCGAGGUAUUGGGAAUUGGAGCACGGGCUGAAAAAAGGAGCAGUGGCAGGCACAGGCAAAGGCAGCGCAGCCCCAGCAGCCCCCUCUACACACAAGAUGCUGUGUAUACAAAAUUAGCGAUUAUUGAAAAGCGCUCACACACACACACACGCCAGGUGACAGAAGCGAAAAGCAGGGCGCGUGUGCCGGUAAACUGAAUGCUGUUUAUACAAAGUGGCUUUUAUUUUACUUUUGUGCUGCUGCGACUCGUACAUAAGAAACACAAACGCAGCGAAGAAGGAAUAUUUAUGCCUUUGUAAACAAACCGAAACAAAACCGUCGGGUGGCGUCGCUGUACAAGGUUAAUCUAAAUUAUUCAAACGAGCGCGUACACGUAUUGACGAAGUGUGGGGAGACUGCGCCGCGACGCCAUAGAAGAUUCCAGUUCCAAGCGCUGCAAAUUCUGCUCAGCAGUUUUACAUUGGAGCGUGCAAUGGCAACAAGUAAGAACGACCAAGACCAAGAUGUUGCAACACUGCUAAGGCAGCGACAAGCGAAUGGUGGUCACGAGACUGCGACGAAGGCGAUGGCGGCGACGGCAUUGCUGGCAAAUGGCAAGACAGCAGAAGCAACAACAACGUCAACGAUUACAGAAACUGAGAGCGAAGAAAACACUGCCGUAGUUGAUGCCAGUAGGCCAACAACAACAACAUUAUCGAACGCCUAUAACUCCGGCACGUUUAUGAAAUUGAAAACGUAUUUGCUGGCCCUGCGUCCUUGGUCGCUAUCGGCCAGCUUGGUGCCCACAUUGCUUGGAUCUGCCCUGGCAUACCGUUCUCAGUGGUCGGCACAGUUUUCUAUGAUCACUUUUUUUCUCACCGCCUUCACGGUCGUCACGGUUCACUGUGCUGGUAAUGUGGUUAACACAUAUUUUGAUUUCAUCAAAGGCAUUGAUAAACAAAAGGCUGAUGAUCGCACGCUGGUCGAUCAUAUACUCACAAAAGAUGAGGUGGUUUCCCUGGGCGCCAUAUUGUAUAUGGCGGGCUGUGCAGGCUUUGUGCUGCUCGCAGUACUUAGCCCCGCCAAAAUGGAACAUCUGGCGCUCAUCUAUUUUGGCGGACUCUCCUCAAGCUUCCUUUAUACCGGCGGCAUAGGAUUUAAGUACAUUGCAUUGGGUGAUUUGGUCAUCUUGAUACUCUUCGGUCCCAUUUCCGUACUCUUUGCAUUCAUGUCGCAAACUGGACAUGUGGACUGGAGCACAAUGGGAUAUGCAAUUCCGUUGGCCCUAAACACCGAGGCGAUACUGCAUAGCAAUAACACGCGCGAUGCUGAAAGCGAUGGAAAGGCGGGUAUUGUCACACUGGCCAUACUCAUUGGGCGCACUGCAUCGCAUGUACUCUAUGCGAUGCUGCUCUUUAUGCCCUACUCGCUGUUCUUCAUAUUCGGCUUGAAGUAUUCCCUGUGGUUUCUACUGCCACUGAUAACGCUGCCAAGGGCGUUUAAGAUCGAGAAAAGAUUUCGAAAUGAGCAGACAAUGCAUGUUGUGCCCAAACAGACGGCUAAAUUGAAUUUCUUCUUUGGCAUACUCUAUAUUGUCGCCUGUUGUUGUGCACAGCACCUGCCCACCUUUAAUUGGCGCAAAUGAAUAUCAAUUUUCAGUGCUAACUAGUGCAACCUUUUAGGGAAUUUCAUUAGACAUAAACAUUUGUAAAAUGUGAAAAUGUGUGUGCGCUGUAUAACUACAAAUUCUUAAUUUUUCAACUUGAUUUCAAUGCCAGUUUACAGCAGCAAUUGGCUUCGCAUAAAACUUCCUAUUUACUUACUAUAUAGUAUGUAUGUAUGUCGCUCUCUAUCUAUCUUAUGUGUAUGUGCUUUAAGGAUUGUCGGAGAAAUAUUGCCAAGCAUGCACUCUAUAGUAUAUGCUAAUGCUAGUCCCUAAAAACUUUUAACUAUGCACCCUUUGGAAUAUAAGAAAACAUAUCCUUAACACAUAAGGAGUCUGAAAUCAAGAAUUGAAACUUAUAGAACAAUUACAACAAAUCAACUGCGGAAAUGAGAAUAUUUCCUUUUAAAUUAUGAACGGCGUUUAAGCAUCACAGUUUUAAUUUGCAAACACAUCCUCAGCAUAUAAAAAUACAUUGUACCUCCCUAACUACCUAUAUACACCUGCAUACAACACAUUAACACUUUAUUUAUUUCACAUAAAGUUAUCGUACAUAUUCAACUUAUAUCAAUAGUUUAUAAACUCUCCAAGCUACUCUUCCUUUGUCUCUAACUCUUGCUUGUUGGAAUUAUGGACCAAAACCGUUAUAUAGAGGUGAGAAACAAUAAGUAAAUCGUAUAAUGAAUAGUUAAAGUUAUAGACAGACAUUAAUCGCGAGCAUAUACAUACAAACAUAUUUGUAUCAUGGUGCAGUUACUUAAGUUUGAAUCAUAAUGAAUGCAAUUUACUUUAUAGAAAUGCUUAGAUCGCAUAAAUGCAGGAUGAGGAGUGCGCUUUGCUUUUUGUGUUGUACGGUUAAGAGAAUUGUUAGUGUUUUUUAACAAACAUACAUAAUUUAUUACAUAUAUACAUACAUACAUAUGUAUACAUAAUGUAAUGCAUGAAUAACAUAAAUAUACAUUUGUAGAGCGAUAAGCCCAGUGUCUCUAGCAGCAGGCUCAAAAGAGUGAGAAUAUCUAUUAUAAUAAUUAUUGAAA